GCUUGUUUAUCCAGGGCAUCCUUCUGCAGCUGGGCUUGAACGUCUUGUACUUUCGACUGUUUUGUUCCAUUUACUGCCGAUUAUGGUUCAGAGUGGAAACAUGAAUGAGUGAACUUGGCAUUUCGGUUGCAGAGCUGUUAUUUUCCUGCAAGCAGCGGCUUCUGGAAAAGGAUGAGAGAUCUCCAAAGCAUCGACAGUGUGCUGCUGAAAGAACUCAGGCUAUGUUGUGCCAAAGAGUCCAACUUUGUUCCCAGGGAGGCGGGCCUGAAGCUGAUGGAGGCAACUCCUCCAGAGAAUCUCAGUGGAGUGUCUGCAAAAUGCAGAGAUAGCAGAGUGGAAGACCUAUGGGGCCUGACCAAUUUCUUUGGCUACAGCACCCAAACCUUUGUUCACGCUGUCAAUUUGCUUGAUAGAUUUCUUGCCCUUAUGAAGGUGCAACCCAAACAUGUGCCAUGUAUUGGGAUCUGCUGUCUUCACAUUGCUGCCAAAAUGGUUGAGGAAGAGAUCAAUGUCUCACCUAUUCACGAACUCAUUCGCAUCAGCCAAAGCAAGUUCACUGUGUCCGACCUCAGCCGUAUGGAGAAGAUCAUUUCAGAGAAACUCUGUGUGGAGCCAAAAGCAGUGACAGCCUUAACCUUUCUACACCUCUAUCACUCAGCUAUCACCUCCCUGACUGCUGGAAGGGAGGAGAUCCCAAGCAUUGGGAGACUGGAAGCCCAGCUAAAAGCCUGCUUAUGCCGGCUUGUUUUCUCUAGAGCAAAACCAUCAGUGUUGGCACUGUCCCUCAUUGCUCAGGACUUUGAAUCUCUCCAAUCAGUCUCAUUGUCGAAGAUCGUCCAGCAAUUCCAAAGGCAUCUAAAGAUCAGUGACAGUGAGCUGCUCAACUGGAAAGAGCUUGUGACAAAGUGCAUGGCUGAGUACCGCUCUAGCGAAUGCAUCAAACCAGACAACAAAAAGCUUGUUUGGAUUGUGUCGAGGAGAACAGCGCAAAGUCUGCAGACCAGUCAUUUCAGCGUACCUGGCCUGCCAACUAUUCCUGAGAUGAGCUGGGAUGAAAGCGAGAGCGAGGAUUCCUGCGAGGACAUGAGCUGUGGAGAAGACAGUCCAUGUGGUUCACUGGGAAGCGACGGUGAAGGAGCCUUCUUCCCCUCCAUGUUUCUCGCCCGCGGAGAGUGACUGAGUCUCGAUCAUGCACUAGAAACUGAAGUGUGAUUUUACUCUGAAUUGUAUCCCGAUUUUAGGGGCAAACGUGCGUGUGUUUCAUUUGUGUGUAUUGUAUAGGUCAAAUAUGUAUGCAAAGUGAGGGUUUUUCCAUCAAGUGCCUCUGUUAAUUCACUUUACUGUCUGUUUCUCUGGUGACCAUAGGACAUAUCUAGAUCAAGCAAAAAGAGACAAUUGCAAUACUUUGGCAGCUCGGUUAUAAUAUUUCCCAAAUGUUACAAGUUGUUCUCUUUGGUGUUUGUGUCCACAUUCGGCACAUUCCAGUAAAAACAGCGAAGCACAAGAAAUGACUUCCGGAUCGUACAUUCAGUUUUUAAUGCCAGCUAUCAUUAUUACAUGUCCUCAUUUGGUUUUAUAAUAUAUUUAUACUCCAUAGUACCAU